AUGCUCCGGCGGGCCGCAGCCCUCGCGGCGCUGCUGCUCGGCUGCGGAGACGCCGCUGGAGUCGGCGACGCGCGACGCCGCGACACGGACACGACGCGACACGCCGACGCCGGCGACGAGGUCCAGUCCAUGCUCGGCGCGCUCCUCGAGAGCAUGUCCUUCGCCAUUUCGCAGCUCUACGCGGACCGCUACGAUUUUCUGCGGACGCGGGCCUGGUACGGCAACUCGCAUAUAGGGAAUCGUCCGGUUCAGGCCAGGGCCUACUACGACCUCGCACGAAGUGUCCAGCCGGGUACGAUCUGCGAGGUCGGAUUCAAUGGCGGCCACUCGGCGGCCGUCUUCCUGAGCGCGGCCGGCCGACGGGCGAAGAUGGUCUCGUUCGACCUGGCCGAGUUCGAGUACUCCGAGACGGCGCAGCAACUCGUCGGGGCCCUCUACCCGGACCAGCUCCGGUUGAUCGCCGGGCGCUCGGAGACCACCGUGCCUCGGUUUUCCAAAAGGCACGGGCGGGCUUGUGAUUUGUUUAGCGUGGACGGCGACCACUCCUACGAAGGGACGUCUCGGGACAUCUCGAACGCCGUCGGCGCGACGCGGCCCGGCGGGACGCUCAUACUAGACGACAUGCAGAAUCCUGGCCCGCGCCGUGCCUUCGAGGAGUCCGUGCGCCGGGGCUGGCUCGUCGAGCCGCGCUGCGUCGACGGCGUGCCCAUCGACGUGUCCUACGUGCACCGCUUCGACAGCUCGAACGUGCGGCGGCUGAACAUGAGCUGGUGCUCGGCCCGCGUCGGCGACGUGCUGCCGCCAGAAUUAAGUGUUACUUCAUGA